AUGGCAGUUGAUAUAAAGCAACUAAAUUUGGAGGUAUAUGGAGACUCCAAGUUGGUGAUCAAUCAGAUACUCGGAUCGUACGAAGUAAAGAAGCUCGAUUUACUCCCUUAUGUGGAUUAUGCUAAAAGACUUAUCGGAUACCUUGGUGAUGUGACGAUAGAGCAUGUGCCAAGAAAGCAUAACAAACUAGCAGAUGCAUUGGCAAAACUUGCUUCUACUUUAGCCAUGCCCGAAGACGGAAAUCGUAUACCAAUUUUCAAGAGGUGGGUCGUACCACCAAUCUUUGAACAUGAAGAAAUUGAAGAAGACGAAACUCGAGUGGUUUACGUGUUUGAAGUCGAGAAAGAAGAUUGGCGUCAAUCAUUUGUGGAUUACUUGAAGUACGAAAAGUUGCCUAAUGAUCCACGUCAAAGAGUUGAUAUACGACGUCGUGCGGCUCGUUUCAUCUACUACAAAGAUACACUUUACAGACGUUCAUUUGAUGGAGUCUUCUUGAGAUGUUUAGGUGAUGACGAAGCCGUUCAAGCCAUAGAAGAAGCUCAUUCCGGAAUUUGCGGCGCCCAUCAGUCAGGACCCAAAUUACAUUUCCGAAUAAAAAGAAUGGGUUAUUAUUGGCCAUCUAUGGUAAAGGAUUGCAUGGACAACAGACUACUUUUCCAAUGGGCUGAAGCAGUGCCUCUUCGAGAAGUAAAGAAGGAGAAUGUUGCCGAUUUUAUCCGCAUCAACAUCAUCUACCGUUACGGAGUUCCUCGAUAUAUGAUCACAGACAACGGAAAGCCAUUCUGCAACGGUGUGAUAGAUAAACUUUGUGAAAAGUUUGGCUUCAAGCAAAGAAAAUCUUCAAUGUACAACGCUGCCGCCAAUGGACUCGCCGAGGCCUUCAAUAAGACUUUAUGUAAUUUGCUGAAGAAAGUGAUCGCCAAGUCAAAACGCGAUUGGCACGAAAGAAUAGGAGAAGCUUUAUGGGCUUAUAGAACAACGUAUAGAACACCUACUCAAGCCACUCCAUAUACGUUGGUGUACGGUGUGGAAGCAGUCUUGCCUCUUGAAAAACAAAUUCCAUCAUUGAGGAUAGUUAUACAAGAAGAACUCACUCAAGAAGAAAACGCUCGUUUGCGUCUUGCAGAAUUGGAAGCUCUUGACGAGAAAAGAAUAGAGGCACAACAAAGUAUUGAAUGCUACCAAGCUCAUCUUUCUAGGGCGUUUAACAAGAAGGUGCGGCCAAGAUCGUUUCAAGUUGGAGAUUUGGUACUUGCCGUAAGGAGGCCCAUCAUCGUCACUCAUAAAACGGGAAAUAAAUUUACUUCAAAGUGGGAUGGUCCUUAUGUCGUCAAAUAA